CCCAACCCACGCCCCCAGCCUCGCCGAAACCAUGAUCCUCUCGCGCCUGACCGACCCACACUGGUCCUUUCUCUUCAUCGACCCCAUCCCAGCGAACAUUAUCUCCGCCACGAGGAAUCGACUCCCACAUACCCUCACUACAGCUCGGGAUGCGCGACGCCAUGAAGUUAUCAUCCUCGACACUACCCCUACCCCCACCUCCAGCUCCAGCUCCAGCUCAUCUGACCCAGAAAACAAGGAUGCUAAAGACCAAAAGAACGAAAAAGUAAUAGCCUACGCGCGCUGGACCCUCCCGCCCUCUCUCGCCCAACAACAACCCGAAGGUACCGUCUGGGUCUCAGGCCAAGUCCCAUCCCCCAGCGAGUCCGAGAAACAAAAGUACAAAGAAGCAUACGACGCCGCUAGCGAUGCGAAGGGCCGUGUCCCUGGGAUGAAAGACACGGGAUUAUUAGAAUUUCGCAGUGCCCCGUUAGAGCGGGCCGAGGAAAAAAUCCUUUCUGUGGAUGGGGUUGUGAAGGGGGAGGAAGUUCUCACAUUGGAAUAUUUAACAACCCACCCCAAAUACUGGCACCUCGGGGCCGCUAGCAUGCUCGUGAAAAGCGGGACCGACGUGGCGGAUAAAUACGGGCUCAAGACGUAUGUGAUGUCGGAGCCGGCGGGGUUGAAGGUGUAUCUGAACCAUGGGUUUAAGGUGGUGGAGGAGGUGGCGGUGGAUUAUGCGCGGUUUGGGGGGACGGAGGAGACGGUGCAUUAUUUUUUGGUGAGGGAGGCUGUUCCUCUGUGAGGGAGUGGUGUUGGUGGGUUGUGGGUCUGGGGGGACUAUGGGGACUAUGGG